AGUUGCUAUGCUGUUAGCGCCCUUGGUUACCAUUAUUUCCCAUAAUGCACCGCUUCUAAGAGCGCUUUGAGGUAAUUAACAUUUAAUAAUGUAAACCUGGGCUUUAACAUAAGGGGAAAACAGAGUGCUACAGUUGACAGGUUACCAUAGCAGUCUUUAGUGAAACGAAGCGAAAACACCUCGCUAUUAGCUUCACGGCUAACCAUAAUGUUAGCGAGCUUCUUGGCUGUUUUUUGCUAACACCAUUUUAGCACACGACGGUGGAUGCAAACCCAAAACUAUGCUAAUUACAGCUGGCAGCCCUGGACUAAUGGUAAAGUCUGACUUGGGCUUUUAACGUCUUUUAGGUGUGUGGAUGAUAAGAGCACUAACUUUGGUGACUGAAGCUGGUAAAUAAUGGAGAAGGAACAGUACAACAGCGUGGUCUUCAAUGCUUCAAAAAGAGAGCUUUUUACUACGAACAAUGGCUACAAAUCCAUGCAGAAGAGACUAAAAGCUCAGUGGAAAAUCCAAAGCAUAAAAGAAGAGCUGUCCUUGGAUAAGCUGAAGAGUGUCAAGUUGUGGAUAACUGCAGGUCCAAGGGAGAGGUUCACAGGGUCAGAGAUGGAGGCGCUGAAAGUCUACCUGGAUGGAGGAGGGAAUAUCUUGGUCAUGCUCGGUGAAGGAGGAGAAAUGAAGUAUGACACAAACAUCAAUUUUCUCCUGGAGGACUUCGGAGUAAUGGUCAACAAUGAUGCUGUGGUGAGGAAUGUGUACUACAAAUACUUCCAUCCUAAGGAGGCGCUUGUGUCCAAUGGUGUACUGAACAGGGAGAUCAGCCGUGCUGCUGGAAAAGUGGUCACGGGAAUCAUUGAAGAUGAAAAUGUUGGAAACAAUGCACAGGCACUCACAUUUGUGUACCCGUACGGUGCCACACUGACCGUGAUGAAGCCGGCCGUGGCUGUUCUUUCAACGGGCUCCGUCUGCUUCCCCCUCAACAGGCCUGUCCUGGCUUUCUAUCAUGGCAAGAAUUCUGGCAAACUGGCUGUCUUGGGUUCCUGCCACAUGUUCAGUGAUCAAUACAUAGACAAAGAGGAGAACAGUAAAAUCAUGGACGUUGUGCUUCAGUGGCUCAUGACCGAUAACAUUCAGCUGAAUCAGAUUGAUGCCGAAGACCCAGAGAUUACAGAUUACACCAUGCUGCCAGACACUGGCUGUUUGUCUGAACAGCUCAGAGUGUGCUUACAAGAAGGAGACGAAAACCCACGGGACUUCACCUCUCUCUUUGAUAUGUCUUUGUUCAAUCUGUCGACUGACACCUUACCCCAAGUCAUCAGUGCUUACAAGCAGCUUAAUGUGAAAGCUGAGCCGCUGCAGCUGAUUGCACCGCAGUUUGAAACUCCUCUGCCUCAGCUUCAGCCUGCUGUCUUUCCGCCUGCCUUAAACGAUUUGCCUCCACCCAUGCUGGAUCUGUUCGAUCUAGACGAAACAUUCUCGUCGGAGAAAGUGCGUCUGGCACAGCUCACCAAUAAGUGUACAGACGAUGACCUUGAAUUCUACGUCCGGAAAUGUGGUGAAAUUCUCGGAGUGACUUCUAAGUUGGAUAAAGAGCAGAGGGAUGCCAAGCACAUCUUGGAACACAUUUUCUUCCAGGUUGUAGAGUUCAAGAAACUAAAUCAGGAACACGAUGUGGACCCGGAGGCCCGGUUCACUCCGCUGUGAUUGGAUUCAAGAAACCUGAACAUUCGAUAAGUCCCUGUUGAAAUUAGAAAGCUUAUGAGCACACAGUUACAAUGGAGGGACUGCAGUAACCACACUUUUCAGAACAUGUACAGCUACAUUUUAUAACUUUGUAUUGUCUUUCAUUGUAAGAAUAUACCAGAGCAAAUAAAGUUCUAUACCCUUUA